AAAACCCGCAAUGCGUGACUCAUAGGAUAAUUCCACAGGGCUAAACCCGUGUCUCCAAGCUCACCCACGAAACCACCACAAACCCCUCCCCUCUAUAUAAAUCCCACUCCCCUGACUCCUCCUCCACUCCUCUCUAAUUAAAACCCCACCAUGGCCGCGUUCACUAAGAAACCUCUUUCCACUGUCAUCUCCAUCGCCGACGCCGCCUUGUGGUACUGCGCGCUGGCCCUCAUCGCCCUCAUCUUGCUAAGUUCCCUCCGAGAAACCCCCGUCGACAACACGAUCGAACCGGCGGUGCGCGGCGGAAAGCUCGCCGGCCGGCCAUGCGACGAGAUAUAUGUCGUGGGGGAGGGGGAGACCCUCCACACCAUCAGCGACAAGUGCGGCGACCCCUUCAUCGUCGAGCAGAACCCGCAUAUCCACGACCCCGACGAUGUAUUCCCCGGCCUCGUCAUCAAGAUCACCCCUUCCAAGCCUCGGUAGAGAGAAAAAGGAGACUCUUUAUAUCGUUAGCCAUGGUGAGAUAUGAAUCAUUGAGCAUCACAUGUAUAUACGAAUACCACCAAUUCAUAGCUCUUGUGAGAGUUAUCUUCUAUCAUCAAGAAAUCCAGCUUUGGAAUGUCAUAUUCGGAUUUGAGUUA